UCCAAUGUAAAUUGACUGGGAGGGCCCAGGAAGUGGUAGCCGCACUCUCCCUGGAAGAGAGUUUACAGUAUGAGUUAGUAAAGGCAACAGUACUGAAGGCGUAUGAAUUGGUUCCAGAAGCCUAUAGGCAGCGUUUUAGAAACUACAAAAAAACUUCAAAUCGCACCUUUGUAGAAUUUGCUAGAGACAAAGAAUCUCUAUUUGAUCGCUGGUGUGCAGCCAGCAAGGCUACAACUGUCAGAGAAAUUAGGGAAUUAAUCCUGCUGGAGGAAUUUAAAAACCACCUUCCUGACCGGAUUGUUGUUCAUUUAAAUGAACAGAAAGUGGCGACUUUGUCCCAGGCAGCUGUAUUGGUAGAUGAGUAUUCCUUAACCCACAAAACUGUGUUUGGCGGGCCUCGCUGUGAAAACCGAACAGUGACGUCAACAGCGUCUCGUUCACCUCGGUUCUCAUCCGGUGACAUUAAAGCUUCGCCUGAGACCUGCGAGUGUUUCUACUGCCACCGAAUAGGCCACGUAAUUUCGGACUGCCCGGUUUUAAAAGGCAAACCGAAACAGUCCCCGCCAUCGUCCGCUAAACCGAAAGGUGUUGGGUUCGUUCAGACUGUGCGUCGUGUACCGGGCACAUCGGUUGUCUCUGUGGACACUGUUAAGCCGGAUCCCGUCUACGCUCCGUUUGUGUCUGUCGGUUGUGUUUCGGUAACGGGAAAACCAACCGAUCAGAAAAGCGUUCGGAUACUUCGAGACACCGGUGCAGCGCAGUCACUCAUUCUCACAGACAGUUUGCCCUGGUCUGCUGAGACGUACUGCGGCUCACACGUCCUUUUACAAGGCCUAGAGAACAAGCCAAAGUCUGUGCCGUUACACUGGCUUUAUUUGACAUCUGAAUUGAUAUCAGGCCGUUUCCGUGUUGGCGUAGUGCAUAGCCUACCAGUGAAAGGGGUCACACUUUUACUAGGGAACGACAUCGCUGGUGGUCACGUGACUCCAGUGUUAGAGGUGGUAGACAGCCCGAGACCCGAAAGUACAGAUGAUAACUUGAUCCAAGCAUUUCCCCAGGUAUUCCCGGCUUGUGUACACACAAUGCAGUCUCGCAAGCUGGGUGACGUGGUGGAUUUGUCUGGUUCCAUGUUCGAGCAAGACAGGGUAGAGGACCCAAAACCGAACGGUCCUUCUGCUAAGUCUACGGUGUCAAGUCCCAUACAGACUCAGAAAGGGGAAAGCGGAGUCGCUCCCCAGAUGCAAGACAUUCUUCUGUCAGUCACACCAGAGAAGUUGAAGCCAUAUCGUGCACGGUGUUCCACUGACAGCUCCUUCAGCCUGCCGGUUCAGCCCGCUGUCUCCAGCGUGGCUGCGGUGGUGCUGCAGCCUGGCACGACCCUAGAGGAGAACGACGAUGGGUUGGUGUCACGUCAUACGUUGCAGCAGUGUGAACGCCUCAGUAACUCAGAGAUGUUAAAAACAUUGCCCUUGAUAAUGGGACAUUUGAACAAAGAUCAAAUGACUGAUCUUAUUGCCUUGCUAAACUGUUUUCUUACUGUGUUUCAAGACGUCCCCAGCCGCACCUCUGUCCUGGAACAUGACGUGGAUGUGGGGGACACCGCUCCUAUUCGGCAACAUCCUUAUCGAGUAAACGCUCGAAAAAGAGAGAUAUUGAAAGCUCUCCCUUCUCAGGCUGUUUCUGGCUGUCCCCCUGACCCGCUCCCACCCUUCCACGGUGUUCCUCCUCGAGCGGUUGUAGCCUUCCCAGGGGCCCUGCCAGCCGUGUCGGUGGCUUCGGACCUGCUCCCCGCAUCGCCAGCCAGCCUCGGUGGUUCUACAUGGAUUGCUGUGGGUCCUCAGGGCCCUGCAUCGCCCCAUCUGGCUCGGCGACCCCAGUAGCGAACGCUUCCUUGCGGGUGCCGUAGUCGACUCUACUUGUCGACCAUGAUCUCCGUCAACCCGUUUUCUUUGUUCCUUGAUUUUAGUGACAUCAUGCAUCUGUUUUCUGUUUCUGGAGAGGUUUUUUCUUACUUUCCACCCUGCUGUUACUGUGUUUAUGAGAUAUCAGAUGAGUGGGGUAAUAACUCAUAGCACCUUCAGUUAAGGUAGGAUAUAAGUUGAAAGCAUUACGUCUCUUACCGUCUGAAGACCAUGUCACGUUUUUGUGUGGAAACUUCUGUUUCAUGAACAUUUUAGACAAUCCAUUUGGGCUUUAUGGCCUACCAGAAGUGGGUGAAGUCCUGGGCUCCAGGAAGGGGGGCAGACCCCUGGGAUGGCCUCUACCAACCUUUCCCAUUACAAGAAAGUAGCCUAUUACUACGGGUUAAAUUUGAGUGUUCUGACUGGUCUCACCUGUGGUUAUUUCCCCAAUAUGAGUAUAUUCAGUUUUGGGAUAAUCAAAUGUUAAGAGCAAGCUAAAUAUACUUUCCUCUUAAUAGAGUUCAUGUCGAAAUUUAUGGUUUCGAAACCUACUUGUAGUGAGGGUAGAGACCUAAUGUCAUCCCCAAUUGUUAAUAAUUAGGACAAUCUUGGUGUCGAUGCAUGAAAUAUGCAUGACAGUUGUGAUUUUGGUUUUGGUGGCCGCCACUAUUUGGUGUAACAUAGAUAUGCAUCAAAGUUGAAAAAAUUCCCUGAGCUUUAGGUGGUUAAUUGAGACAUGAUGUUUGUGUUGUUAUAAUGUAGUUUGGCCAUUGCCUGGGGAAACGCUAAAAUCUAUAUGCUAAUUUGAGAACUUUGUCUAUAGGUUUUAUGGGUUAUAAUUCCUUCACACAAGCGACCGUGUGGCAAAUGUGGUAUUUUUUUAUUUUGUUUGUGGAUGUUGUGUUUUUGUCAUUUUCACAUUUGUUUUUGAUGAAUAUUCAGUUUACGACUCCUUAGAAUGAAUGUUAGAUUCAUCCUUAAUAUCGAUUUUCUUUUUUCAUGUUCAUUCUGGGUGCUGCUUUCUCUCAUAAGUAAUUUUGUGACUUUAUGAUGUGAAAGCAGGGGGUGGAUUUGUGAAAUUAUUAUCUAUGAUGAAAAACAGUUGAACUGAGAGUUCAAAGCGAAUUAAAUAUGUACUUAAAGAGUUACAUGAAGAAUUGGGUUUUCCUGUUUGCUUAGUAAAAAUAGAAACAUCAGAAAAUCAGUUAUGGCCCUUAGUAGCUUGUCACAGUGUUUGUCUAAUUUGGGUUUUUGGAAACUGUUUGUUUGAUACAAAAUCUAACAUGGUUAUGGUUGAGAGGAAAUGGGCAUGAGAAAACACAACGCAUAUGUUGACUAUGCUGCCAAACGCUGAACAAUGGAAAAUAGAUAAGACGUGGUGACCAUUACUGAUAGGCCUGUGAUGGCAAUUUCUAAAAUUCCAAAGUUCUAUGAAAAUGGUAGGUAAGACAG